AUGUAAGGCUUCUUAGUCGAAGGUAAGGAAAUUAGUAGAGAUUAUUCUUAUGACUGGGUUUAAGGUAAUGCUGAUUUAGUAGCUAUCGAAAAAGGAAUUUCAGUUUUACACUUCAGUUAAGAAUCAUUAAAAAGAGAUUUAGAGAUGGAAUUUAGAGUAUUAAUUAGUUUCUAUAUAGUUAUUACGUAGAUUAACAGAAACUUAAUAUCAUAAUGAUAAUUUAUUUGACUUUCAUCCUGAUAUAUAGAAACUAAAUAGAUAUAAUAAUAUAAUUCCAUGUAAGAUAAAUUGAUGAUAAAUUAGUUAAGCAUUCAAUAGUGAAAUUAAAGAGUGAAGGGGAUGAAGAGGAAAACCUUAAGGAAUGCUAUAUUAAUGCGAAUUUUAUCAAUGUAAUUGAUAAAUUUGGUAACAUAGUUAAUAAAUGGAAAGGAGAAGAUGAUUGUAGCAACUUAAGGUCCAUUGAAUCCAACAUUUGGUCAUUUUUGGAAGAUGAUUGUUUAGGAAAAUAUGAGUAUGAUAGUCAUGUUGUGCAAUUUAAAAGAGAACCAAAGAGUUAGUAAAUUUAUACUAAAUAGGCAUAAUGUGAAUAAUAUUGGCCAAAAAAUGUUGGUGAGACAAUGAUUUGUGGAAAUGUUUAAGUAAAUCUAUAGAGUCAAGAAGAUCUUGGGAAUAAUAUAAUAAAACGAGUUUUGAAAGCUAGUUAAGAGGGAGAUGAAAGAAAUGUAAUAUAAAUUUAAUGGUGUGGAUGGCCAGAUUAAGGAGUUCCAUCACCUAGUGAUUUUGAUGUAAUUAGAGAAUUAUUAAAUAUGAUUAAUGAUAAGUUAUUAGUAGAUGAAAAGGUAGUAUUUCAUUGCAGGUAUUAUAAGUUGGAUUAUAUUAAUUUAGUGCUGGAGUUGGAAGAACUGGGACUUUAAUUGCAUUAUCAAAUUUAAUGAUAUUACUUAAAGCAUAUAAAUAACAUAUUGGAGAUGAUAUUUAAAGUAAUUGUUUAUCUUAUAUUAUUAUAGAAUUGCAAGAGAAUCCAGAACUUUAUAGAAUUUCCAUUUUUGGCAUAGUUCGUAGAUUGAGAGAACAAAGAUGGGGCAUGGUUCAUACUUCAGAAUAAUAUUCCUAUAUUUAUAAAUUUAUUGAUGAAGCUAUAAGAUAUUUGUUUAACAAUUGA